AGAGUGUUGUCUGAUCUUGUCUCCACAUUCGACCAAACUCAAUCUCAUUUCACUGGGUGCUCACCAUUUCCUUAUUGCCAACAACUUUAUAUUCGUGUUCAACAGAUUUAACAAAGAACACCGUAAAAAGAAACACAUAAUGCCGCCCACGCGGAAGAAGAGCACGACAGCCAAAGGCACAGCUUCGAUUGUAGAGGGACUCUCAUUUGACAACAAAGAGGAGACCAUGGCAGAGAUCCUUGGCAGAUUAGAGAACCUUAAAGACAAAAGUGGUCGGUCUAUAUCAGAACUGUUUCUGACCCUGCCAGAGCAGGAGGACUACCCUGAUUAUUACAUGAUCAUCAAGUCUCCAAUUGCAUUCGACAUGAUUAGGGACCGUUUGAAAGCUGGACAAUAUGCAGGCGACAAUCUGGAUGACUUUGGCAAGGAUCUGAAGACGAUGAUCAGCAAUGCCAAAACUUAUAACCGCGAAGGCUCAAUGGUUUAUAGAGAUGCCACAGUACUCGAGAGUUAUAUUGAUGCUGUCAUAAAAGCAUUAAAGGGUGACAGUUCUCAUAUUAAAAUAGAGUUUUCGCCAGAGUUUUGCCAACGUGUCUUGGACACAAUCAAGUAUCACGAGGAUAAAGAUGGACGACAAGUGGCCGAACUAUUUAUGGAGUUACCGAGCAAGGACGACUAUCCGGAUUAUUAUGAUGAGAUUUCUAAACCAAUUGCGAUCAACAUCAUUGAGGAAAAAAUUGCUCGGGGCGAGUAUACGAAAAUGGAGCUGUUUGAGAAGGAUAUGAACCAAAUGUUUGACAACGCAAAGAUCUAUAACGCAGAGGGCUCAGAGGUUUAUUCGGAUGCAGAAACAUUGCAGCAUUUAUUUUGGAAAACUAUCGGUAAAAACGGUCGUGGGCGUCAUAUGAAGGGAAAGGUGCAACGGAAGCACAACACAUUGCUACCAGAGAUUGUUCAUCAAGGCGAGACUUAUAGAGUUGGUGAUUUUGUACAUAUCCAAAACGAUGUUGAACCAUCCAAACCAACUAUCGGGAUUAUUUUUAGUAUUUGGCAAGAUGAUAAAGGCAUCAACGGGAUAGACGCAGCUUGGUUCUUAAGGCCAGAACAUAUUGUACAUCCUUAUGCGAGUCGCUUCUAUCCGUCAGAGGUGGUGAAAUCAUCGGGAACUCAUGAGCAUUUGGUCAGUGACAUUUUAGGACGGUGCUAUGUUCUUCAGACAAAGGAUUAUAUUCGUGGACGUCCUGUCGGUUGGAAAGAAGGCCAGUAUAUCUAUGUUUGUGAACAACGGUACAAUGAAUCAUACAAAUCAGUCUCAAAGAUAAAAAAUUGGGCGAACUGUCUUCCACCCGGUCAUAAACCUGGAGAUAUCGAACUGAAGCUUUAUCCACAACCAUUGGUUAUAAAAAAGCUUCCUGGGGCUGCCAGGAUGAAUAAAACUUCCAAGAGAGGUACAAGUGAGCCAGUUUCGCGAGCUAGCUCCCCUCGGGAUUAUUCAUCCGCAUACGCAACAUCCAGAGAAGCCACACAGACCCCAGAACCUGAACUUGAGCCUGAGUCUGAACCUGAACCGGAGCCUAAACCCAAACCCAAACCCAAACCCAAACUCAACCUCAAUCCCAACCCCAACCCCGAGCCUGAAGCAGAACUGGAGCCAAAGCCAGAGCCUAAACCAGAACCAAAGGUGACAAAGACAUCAAAGGCUAUGAAACGCAAGUCAGCUCAGAUGCUUGGAGAAUCAUCACCAUCAAUGGCCCCUCUAGAAAAGAAAGAUACUACACCAGUCCGUUCACAACCACGGCUCUCCUCCCCACCACAACAUCGAUACCGCUGCAACUACUCUAAUCUGUCCACUAAACUCCAGUGUGCAGCGUAAGUGGAAGGCUCUAUGAUAAUAUGAUAGUAUGAUAGUGUUAUUGGUCUACAUGUUUAUAAAGUUCAAUGUCUUCUUACAUCAUAUCUGGAUCGUAUUUGUAGAACAUUCACGAGUGAAGCAGACCUUCA